AUGAUGAGGGUCUUGAAAGAACCCCCCUCGGGUUUUCGAGACUUUGUGCAGGGGUAUUUUCGGAAAAUGGCUCACACCAUUCUGUUGAACUUCAGGGAGAAGGAGUAUUAUGACUCUUUGGUGAUGAUCGAUUUGUUUGUGAAGAUGUUUAAGGUGUUUGAAGAAAAUGGGGCUUACUGCAAACACCAUUUAUGGUUUUUGAGAUUGAUAGAUGAAAAUAAUUGUUGUGGAGUGGAUGUCAAGGCAACGAUAAGGGAACUUGAGGAGGAGCUAUUAACUGCAUCUUUCUACAACAUGGCCACCGGAAACUUUCCACAGCCUCGUCUUUCGUCCCAAAAACUAGCCACGGCUAGCGAAAGUUGCGAUUUUAGCAACCCUUUGUGGAGAAAACGAAGUUUGGAACUUCGAUCCGCGAGAAUUUGCUCCGGAAAUGUAGAGACGAUGGGGAGAAGGGCGCGUUUGGAUCGUCGUCGUGUUAGGCCACGAAAUCCCAUCGACAGAAAGGUAAGGAUUCUGAAAAGGCUCGUUACGAAUUGCGAGUCGAGCAUUAAUGGAGUUGAAGGGCUUUUCGAAGAGACUGCAAAUUAUGUUAUGGCUUUAGAGAUGAGAGUUAAGGUCAUGAAGAUUAUGGUAAAUGUAUUAAAAGGUGAUGGCGACGAGUGA